AUGUCCCGCAUCGCGAGGUCGCGCUUCGCCCUCACGCUCAGGUCCUCCGCCGCCCCCUUCUCCACCAUUUCACCCGCCGCCGCCGCCGCCGCAUCCCUCGCUUCGAAGGAGGCGCCUGCCGGCGCCGACGCAUCUUCCGCUCCCAAGGAGGCGGCCGCCGCUGGCGAUCCCUCCCCGGCGCCGCCUUCGGGGACCCGCAGCUCCUUCCGUCUGCUUAAGGCCGGUAUCUUCACCGCCGUCACCGCCGCGCUCGGCGCCACAGGCUAUGUCACAUACGCUUAUUCCGUGGAUGAAGUGGAUCAGAUGACGCGGGAGUUCCGGAAGAACUCGAAGCUCCCAAUCAGCGAGGACUUGUCCUGCUUUGAGAAGUUUAAGGCUAUGGCUUAUUCAGAAACUGUGAAAGUUCCUGCUGCUGCUAUUGACCUGUACUUGGAUGUCAGGAGCCAAAUUGAAGAUCAAAUUCAGGGAUUUGUUGAACCAUCAUCAGAAAAACUCCUUCCAGAUCUACCUCCUCAAGAACAGCAUGUCUUUACCAUAGUUCUGGAUCUGAAUGAGACUCUUGUAUACUCAGAUUGGAAGCGUGAGAGAGGAUGGAGGACUUUUAAGAGACCAGGAGUGGAUGCCUUUUUGGAACAUCUUGCGAAGUUCUAUGAAGUUGUUGUGUAUUCUGAUCAAUUAAGUAUGUACGUUGAUCCUGUUAUGGAAAGACUGGAUGCAAAAGGCUGUGUCCGGCACAGGCUAUCAAGAGUUGCAACUAAAUAUGUGAAUGGAAAACACUAUCGGGAUUUGUCAAAGCUGAAUAGAGACCCUGCACGAGUUAUUUAUAUCAGUGGGCAUGCUCUUGACUCAUGCCUGCAGCCUGAAAAUUGUUUGCCGAUCAAACCAUGGAAGCUUGAAGCUGAGGACACUCAACUGAUUGAUCUUAUUCCAUUGCUUGAAUUUGUCGCUACGGCAAGAGUUUCUGACAUCAGACCUGUCCUUGCAUCCUUUGAAGGCCGUGACAUUGCUGCUGAAUUUCUUGAGCGUUCAAGGCGCGUGUAUGAACAAAAAGAACAAAAACAACAACAUGGACGCAUUUGGCGGCGAUGA